AUGGCACAUGGUGGAGAACCCGGGCCUCUUCUCGAGUUCCUCGGCCUUGACUCUAUCGACAACCUUCGAUAUCUCACUACCUCCGACCUCGAUGACCAGUUCCGCGUCAACGGGGCAUCGCCUGCGACCAGAGCCAAGAUGCGCAAACUUUUCCACUCCUACUACAAGCCCACCCCGUGUGUUUCGGCGGCCCCUUCCGCCGUCACUCAAACACCACAGAUCCCCCUCAGCACACCCGGGCAACCACAGACCCCUAGUCUACUUGUCACCGACAAUCUCAGCCUUUCGGGUACAGACUCUGCGCACGACACCACUUCCACUAAGUAUCUCAAUGUUGUCCGCUGUAUUACUCUGCCUAACAACACCCCCUAUCGUGGCCGUACUGACGACCGAAGCAUCACAUCUUUCCUCAACAACCUCUACCAAGAAGUUGUCCAGGCCGAUCUCUCCGAGCGCCAAGCUUGGCUCCUUCUACUUCGCGCGUUCGACGAGCCCGCCAAGACCUCCCUCAGACAAGCCGUCCAACGCUCCUGUCUACCCCGUGAUCUCUGGAUGAAAGACUAUGCCGCUAUGGUUCGCGAAGGUGCUUCUUGGGCUGAGCAAGAGUAUCACAUAUCCAACUCUCACGACAAUCUCGAUGACAAGUUCGACGACUUCAAGCAGCACUAUGGCGAAACUGUCCUGGCCCUCGCUGAUCGCCUGUCUCUCCUCAAGUACGAGGCCGAUUCCGUUGGCUAUUCUGUGACCGAUGCCCAGCUUUUGCGUGUAUACCGUCGCUCGCUUUAUCCUCGUCUACGCACCUUAGCCUCCACCAUCUAUGCUGGUUGUGACACCGUCGACGACCUGGCCAACAGACUCCACCGUCAUCUGCGACAGAACCCCGACUUCAACAAGAACUCUAAGUCCCACGGUACAGCUUCUAGGCCCUCUGGUGCUCUCUCUACUAACUCUAAUCCGGUAAAAUCUGCCGACAAUGCUGGUCCCUCUCGUGCCCCCACGCGUGGCCCGCCGUUGAGUCAACCCCUGCGAGACUUUUGCCUUACCAACAACGUAUGCAUGUACUAUGUCGCAAAUGGGAUUUGCCGCCGUCCCGACUGCCCAUACAAACACGAGAAGCCACCUCAGUCUGACACUUCAACCACUUCAUCAUCUCAGGUUGUCAAGUCUUGCACUACUUUGUCUUCGAGCCCUAUUCCUGCCCACUGCACCUUGCGCUGUCCAGCUUUCGGUGCUCUCCGUCUUGAAGUCGAUACUGGUUGUACCCGCUCAGUCAUCACUCAUACUGCCGCUCUUCACUUACAACGCCACUUGCCAUCAUCGACUCUCACUCUAGUCGAUCCAGUUGCUUUUGAUACCGCUAGUCACAAAGGCGGCCCCAUCAGUCAUUGUCUAUUGCAUACGACCCUCACCGUCUACGACAGUUCUGGCAACCCCCACCACGUUGCUUGGUCGCCCUAUGUUACUCAUAGUCUGCUGGCUGGUUCCUCCGAUGGACUCCUUGGUCGUGAUGUUAUUGGCUUCGGUCCAGAUUGUACUUUGGUAGUACCUACCUCUACUGGUCCCGUCCCUGCAUCGAUCCUUCUGUGUACUCUUGGUGACACUGUGACCCCGG